GGAUGUGGUACAAGAGAUAUUGUAGAUUCAUAAUCGUGGAAUUUCCCUCUCUCUCAUUAUUGAAUUUUUUUUUAAAAAUAAAUUAAAUCAUUGAUGAGGGUCGUUUGGUGCCACAGUUCAUUCAGAUGAGCUCUGUCUCCCUCCCUGCCUUCCCUCCCACAGCCAGAAGCCAGAUCUGAUCUCCCCACCCUGCCCUGCCCUGCCCCCCUUCUUCUUCCGCCAUUAAAGUGAAAGCUUCGAGCAACGCACAUUGGGGUGGGGAGUUUAUCUGCAGCAAGUUGUUGCUCCAUUUCCACCCUUCUGAAGUCUGACUCAGUUGGCUCUGAAGUGAAGUGCGAGGGCGAAUCCAUCUUCCAACCGCUUCUUCGUUGUUUCAAGAUCUCCCCGAGAUACGUUGUCACCAUCAUAGAGAUGCAGUGACUGGAAGUUGCUUUCUACGCUGCACAAGAUCCACGGUGUUCUUGCUGUAUUCCGAUUUUCAUCUGAUGGCUUGGUCACUGUAUUCAAGGUCUGUGAUGCUCUUUGACAGAAUUUGUGUCUUGCUUCUUGGGCUGAUUCUUUUGGCACAUGGAUGCUUUGGGUUUUAUCUCCCUGGAAGCUACAUGCACACAUACUCCACCGGUGAACACAUAAAUGCGAAAGUCAAUUCCUUGACCUCUAUAGAGCAUGAGACUGAACUACCUUUCAGCUACUACAGUCUCCCUUACUGCAAACCACCUGAGGACAUUAAGAAGAGUGCCGAGAAUCUGGGAGAGCUCCUUAUGGGUGAUCAAAUUGACAACUCACCAUACCGAUUCCGAAUGAACGUGAAUGAGACAGUUUAUCUAUGCACCACGAAAGGACUUACUGAGCAAGAGGUGAAGCUCUUGAAACAGAGGACUCGUGAUUUGUAUCAAGUCAACAUGCUCGAUAACUUGCCUGCAAUGAGGUAUGCAAACCAAAAUGGAGUCAAGAUACAGUGGACUGGUUUUCCAGUUGGAUAUACGCCACCUGGCAGCAAUGAGGAUUACAUCAUUAAUCACCUCAAAUUCAAGGUCUUGGUUCAUGAGUACGAAGGGAGUGGGAUAGAGAUUAUCAGCACUGGGGAAGAUGGAAUGGGUAUGAUCUCUGAAAAUGCUAAGAAGAAGGCCUAUGGGUUUGAGAUAGUUGGAUUCGAGGUCAUUCCUUGCAGCGUGAAGUAUGACCCAGAGAAGAUGACGAAAUUACACAUAUAUGAUAAGAUCGACCCAGUAAACUGCCCGUCAGACAUUGAGAAGUCGCAGAUAAUCAGGGAGCAGGAGAGGGUUUCUUUCACAUAUGAGGUCGAGUUUGUGAAGAGCAGUAUCAGGUGGCCUUCCAGAUGGGAUGCAUACUUGAAAAUGGAGGGGGCACAGGUCCAUUGGUUCUCGAUCCUCAACUCGCUAAUGGUGAUCUUCUUCUUGGCGGGUAUCGUGUUCGUGAUAUUCUUGAGAACUGUAAGGAGGGAUCUCACAAGUUAUGAGGAACUGGACAAGGAAGCUCAAGUUCAAAUGAACGAGGAGCUUUCUGGGUGGAAGCUCGUGGUAGGAGACGUGUUCAGAGAACCUGAAAACUCGAAGAUUCUCUGUGUAAUGGUUGGUGAUGGAGUUCAGAUCUUGGGAAUGGCAGUAGUCACGAUUGUGUUUGCCGCUCUCGGGUUUAUGUCCCCUGCUUCUAGAGGAAUGCUGUUAACGGGAAUGAUCCUCCUUUACCUCUUCCUGGGGAUUGCGUCUGGGUAUGUAGGGGCCCGCCUUUGGACGACCAUUAAGGGGACCUCUGAAGGGUGGAGAUCGGUCUCUUGGUCGGUCGCGUGCUUCUUCCCUGGAAUAGUUUUUAUCAUCCUCACGGCCCUAAAUUUCCUUCUCCGGGGCAGCAAAAGCACCGGAGCCAUCCCCAUCUCACUCUACUUUGUCCUCUUAUCCCUUUGGUUCUGCAUCUCGGUACCUCUCACCCUUUUGGGAGGAUUCCUCGGGACAAAAGCAGAACCACUCCAGUUACCAGUCCGCACAAACCAGAUCCCAAGGGAAAUCCCCGCAAGGAAAUACCCCUCCUGGUUUCUUGUCCUCGGAGCAGGAACUCUCCCCUUUGGGACUCUCUUCAUUGAGCUCUUCUUCAUGCUCUCCAGCAUUUGGCUCGGGAGGUUCUACUAUGUGUUUGGGUUCCUCCUCGUCGUUCUCGUGUUGCUAAUUAUUGUCUGCGCAGAAGUCUCAUUGGUCCUUACCUACAUGCAUCUCUGUGUAGAAGAUUGGAGGUGGUGGUGGAAGGCUUUCUUUGCCUCGGGAUCGGUCUCCCUCUACGUGUUUCUCUACUCGAUUCAUUACUUGGUUUUCGAUCUCCAGAGCUUAAGUGGUCCCGUGUCUGCUUUGCUUUAUCUUGGGUACUCGUUGAUUAUGUCCGUUGCAAUCAUGUUGUCCACUGGCACAGUCGGUUUCUUAACAUCCUUUUACUUCGUUCAUUAUCUUUUCUCAUCUGUAAAGAUCGAUUAGAUAGGAAUGGGACCUUCGGGAGCUUUCUUACGAGUUAUACAGAGGUUAAAAUGUCCAAUUGGACUGAUAUCAUUGUCUUUUGCUUUUA